AUGAAGGUGACACCCAGUCGGCGAGGGAAACGGUGCAACCGAGAGCAUUCUGCUCUCGAAGAGCCUGAAGCUGAUAUGGAACAGCUUGUGGAAUCAGUCGGUGGAGACUUGUCCGAAUUCUUGUAUCCGUUUGAAAAUAAUGUCGAAUUCGUAGAUAACUCUCCGGAGGAAACUGAGGAAAGCUCAAGAAGUUCGGAAUUUGAAGAGCAAGACAUCCUCUCCGUGCCCGCAACCCCUCCCUCGACCCCAAUGAGCAAGCCAGACCGAACUGAAAGCAGUGUGGCUACCGCUGGCCCAGCUAGAGAUCGGCGACCUUCAGCGGUCUCACGUAGGGCCUGGCACAAGCUCAGGAGAAUGGUAGAGGGCCAGGAGAGGCCCCUUGAGGAGGCAGAGCAAGAUAAUCUCUAUGACAAAGUAACUGGUCGCCGUGAUCAGAGCCGCGAAGCGCAGGAGGCACGAAGCGAGCUUUGCUGCGAGGUUCGUAAAGAAGGGAGUCAACAUCCAGUAGAAAGCGCCACAGCAACACUCCAGAGUACUUCUCGCUCAAGCAAACCAUUGCUACCGGAGGCGAGGUGCUUAAUAAGCGUUCACCAAGGCGAGGAGGCCAACAAGGAGCUCGAAAAAGAAGUUUCCAGUGCAACAGCUCCCGACGAACCGCUGCAGCAACCAACGGAAGGGGAGUUCAGCAGUGAAGCGACUAGCAUCUCUAAGCGUGCUGCUAUCCAGCCAAAUGAAGACAUGCCAAAUGCGGAAGAAGAGGCUCGUGAAUCUUCCCCAAUGCGCAAGAGCGUUGUGAGUUGGCACCCCGUGGCGGAAGUGGUGACUGUGGAAGCGGGAAGUCCGACUACGCAAUACCCAGUUACAAGGAGCACUACAGGCCUCGUGGAGAAGUCCACUCUAAGGUCAUGCAGACGCAUCACAGAUAGAUCGAGUGUGUAA